AUGUCUCUCUUAAUCCAGUUUGCUUACCCAUCCUUAUCUGGUUACGGUAAGUUCACAAUUUCCUUUACCAUGAAGCGAUCUUACGGAGAGGAGAUCUCAUUUACGCUAGGUCCUGCUAUCCCCUUGACUGAUCCCGAUGGUAAGUUAAUUCCAAUGAGUGAGGUCUAUGCUCAUAUAUCUCGAUCAAUUAUGAAAUAUGCAGAAAUCUACAACGGAGAUUAUAUAGUUCGACUCAUGAUCCGAGUCUAUAUGGACGGCAAAAAGAUGGAUAGGCCAGCCCUAUCUUCAGAGGAGAGAGAUAGCUCACUUUCUUCAAUCAUUCAAGCCGGAUUGAGUGAGAUCGAGCCAAUAACAGCAAGAGAGAUCCGAAAUCGUAAUCGUAGCUAUCCAACCCAUAUCACAGCACUCAAACCAUGUCGCACUGAGCUGAAACCAUUCAUUGUAGCCGAUACGGAGACUCUACUGAUCGAUAAUGUUCAUAAGCCUUAUGCUGCAGUGAAGACUACUCUAUAA